AUGGCGCCCAAGGCUAAUAUCCCAAUUAUUGACAUCGCCGCUGAGGGUGUCGACAGGACCGCCAUUGCGCGCCAACUUGUCGAUGCCGCCGUCGAGCAUGGCUUCAUUUACAUCCGUAACACGGGCAAGUACAUCACGCUAAGCGACCAAGACUCGGCAUUUGAUCUGUCCAAGAAGCUGUUCAAAGCACCUGUCGAGGAGAAGGCCACCUGCACUAUCCAGAAGAACAACCGCGGCUGGUCUGGUAUGCACUCUGAGACUCUCGACCCCAAGAACCAAAAGGUCGGCGAUUACAAGGAGGCUUUCAACUUUGGCGAGUUCAAGGAUGGCAAGGCGCAGCAACCUCUGCCUCCCACCAUUCAAUCAGAUGAGCCCUUCCUGAACUCGUUCAGAGAUCAGUGCCAUGCUCUCUGCCUGGAACUCCUCGAGCUUCUCGGCAUCGGCCUCGAUGUAUUCUCUCCCCUCUUUCUCAAGCUUCCCUUUAUCGAGCAGCUCACUAACCUGUGUCACCAGGUCAACCCCACAGACUUCUUCUCGUCCGCUCAUCUCCGCUCAAAGGGCGACUCGGGCACGAUCCUCCGCAUGCUCUACUACCCGCCCACCUCAGCCACCUCCUCCAACCCAGACGACGUCCGCGCCGGAGCCCACUCCGACUACGGCUCCGUCACACUCCUCUUCCGCCUCCGCGGCCAGGCGGGGCUCGAGAUCCUCACCCGCGAGAACACCUGGGCCCCCGUCCCCGUCACGCCGCCCGGCACGGAAGCGGACGGCCUGCCUCCGAUCCUCAUCAACAUUGGUGACCUCCUCAGCUACUGGACCAACGGCCUCUUCCGGAGCACAGUCCACCGCGUCGUGUUUGGCGGGGAAGGCGCCGAGGGCGAGACGGAUACGGGGCCGAGGUACUCCAUGGCCUUCUUCUGUCACCCCGUUGGCUCCGUGGCGUUGGAUCCCGUACCGAGCGAUAGGGUGAAGGAGUUUGUCGCGCCCGAGGGGACGCCGAACGCGAAUCCCUACGCGGAGCGCAAGGUUAUGACUGCUGACGAUCACUUGUUCAUGAGACUGAGAGAGAGUUAUAAGGGGCUGUACAAGGAGGAGGAGGCCAAGGCAUGA